AAGAGAGAACACUGUCAACUGUCAAACCCUCGAAUUCCAACAUUUAUGGCGUAAAGGAGGUUAAUAUACACGAGAAUAGAAAACUAAGUAAUUGUAGCAAAACCGAUAAUAUGGCAAAGUUUGAUCUAACUCCGAAAAUGGGCCAAUAUUUGGAUAGGCACUUAGUCUUUCCUUUAUUGGAGUUUUUAUCAGCUAAAGGGAUCUACAAUGAAACCGAACUAUUGAAGGCCAAACUAGACAUUUUGAGUAAAACAAAUAUGAUUGAUUAUGCUAUCGACAUAAGGAAGCAGUUGUUUCCAGAUGAGGAAGUUCCAGAAGACUUGAAACAGAGACGUAUUCACGUUGUUGCUCAAUUACAGGAGCUUCAACAAGAAGUCGAACCUAUCAUUCAAAUAAUGGCUGAUGAAGAAGUUAUGAAAAAUAUGGAAAAUAUGAGAGAUUCUAAAACUCUCAUCAACUUCCUGUCCAAGGAUUACAAGUUCGAAAUUGACAUGAUCGAUAGUCUUCACAAAUUAGCUAAGUAUCGUUAUGAAUGUGGUAACUAUUCAGUAUCAACAUCAUAUUUGUAUUUCUGUAUGCUUGUUCUGCCUCAAAAUGACAAAAACUACCUGAGUGCUUUAUGGGGCAAAUUUGCGUCUGAAAUUCUUUAUCAGAAUUGGGAUUCUGCUCUGGAAGAUCUCAAUAAGCUACGAGAAUACAUAGAUUCCAGCCCCAACCAGUUUGGAGGAAACAGCUUACAGCUCUUGCAACAGAGAACUUGGUUAAUACAUUGGUCCCUCUUUGUAUUCUUCAACCACGCCAUGGGGAGGGAACUUAUUAUAGAAAUGUUCCUUUAUAGGCCACAUUAUCUCAAUGCCAUUCAGACAAUGUGCCCUCACAUCUUGAGAUACUUGGCAACUGCUGUAAUAAUCAAUCGUGGGAGGAGAUCUGCCCUGAAAGAUCUGGUUAAAGUUAUCCAGCAAGAAAGUUACACAUAUCGCGAUCCGAUAACAGAGUUUUUGGAACAUUUGUAUGUGAACUUUGAUUUCGAUGGUGCCAGGCAGAAACUACACGAAUGUCAAACAGUCUUACUCAACGAUUUCUUCCUCAUAUCCUGCCUAGACGAGUUUGUGGAGAAUGCCCGUCUCAUGAUUUUUGAAACAUUCUGUAGAAUCCACGAGUGUAUCAGCAUCAGCAUGUUGGCAGAAAAACUGAACAUGAAUCCAGAUGAAGCUGAAUGUUGGAUUGUGAAUUUGAUCAGAAAUGCUAGGUUGGAUGCCAAGAUAGAUUCCAAAUUGGGUCAUGUAGUAAUGGGAGCGCAACCACUUUCUCCAUACCAACAACUCAUUGAAAAAAUUGAUUCUUUGUCAGUGAGAUCAGAGACAUUAUGUGGACUCAUUGAAAGAAAACUAAGAGCGAAAACAGAUGUAAGUAUACGUUGGGGAAAUCAGGAAUUUUAGGUUCAUGAAUACUAUAUUCCUUUCUUUAUUAUUCUUUCCAAUAUAAUAAAGUGAUUUUCACCAA